UGCAGAUCGUCCAGUUAAGUCGAUAUCGAACUAUUCUUCGAACUUACCACAAUGAAAUUCAUCGUUGCCUUCGUUGCCAUUUCCAUGGCUUCCCUUGCUAACGCUGGGGCUAUCUUGGGUGGAGCAAUUGCUUCAGCUCCCCUUGUAGAAACAAGAAUUUCAUCUGGAUUAUUAGCCUCCCCUCUUUCCUCCACAAUCAUCGGUAGUCCAGCUAUUUCCUCAGGCCCAAUCCUUUCCAGAUCCAUCGUUGAACCACAGAUCAUCGGCUCUCCAUUGCUUUCUUCUUCUUCCCUAUUGGAAAACUCAAUUCUCUCCAGAACUAUUGCAGCUCCUGGCAUCAUUGGUUCUCCAUUGGUUGGCUCGACCAUUGUUGGAAGCCCAGUCUUAUCCAGAACUAUUGCUGGACAUGGAUUGAUUGGUUCUCCUUUGAUUGGUUCCUCUGGUAUUAUUGGACAACCUAUUCUCAGGUCUUCAGGGCUCAUUGGAGCUCCAGGUAUCCUUGGAAACUCAGUUGUGAACAGCUGGUAAUAAGACUGAAUGUUUUUUGACUCUGUAUAUUAAUACUUUUGGAUAUUGUUCUGGAA